GCCUUUGGCCGCCCUGGCGGUUAGCUGAGCGCGGUCUCUGAACAGGUCGGUAGACACCAGGCUCACUUGUAUGCCAGACCUGUCCAGGGACCAUAGACCGUGAGAAGCUGAGGAUUCAGGCCACCAAUGGCUGAUAAAGGACCCCCACAUCCUGCCAAACCCGGGGAGGAAAACAAGGAUGAAAAAAAGGAAGGGGAUCAGCUCAAGGUGCAGCCCAAGGAUGAAGUGGGUACGAGGAAGGGAUGCCGCCGCUACCGAUGGGAACUCAACGACAGCAACAAAGAGUUCUGGGUCCUCGGGCACGGCCCAGUCAAGUUCCUGAGUUUGGGCUGCCUGAUUGCAGCACUGUUCCUGUUCUGGUCAACCUUCAGCGUGCACCCCAUCUUGACGCUCAUCAUCACCAUGGAGAUAUCCAUCUUCUGCUUCUUUAUUCUGCUCUACACCUUCGCCCUCCACAGAUACAUGCCCUUCAUCCUGUGGCCUGUUGCUGACCUUCUCAAUGACCUGUUCAUUUGUGUGUUCCUCGGUGGAGGCAUAUACUUUGCUGUACAGAAGCAACCGGAAAUGCCAGUAAACUACUUAAUUGCUGUGGUCCUUAUGGGUGUGGCUGCAUUUUUUGCUUUUCUUGAUAUAUAUUUUCAAAGAAAACACUUCAAAGGCAAGAGAAUCAAAAGGAAUAUACUGGUCCCACCACAGCCAGACAAAUCGGCAGCAGCUCAAGGAGAAAAGACACCUGGCAAAGAACCAGAAAAGCCAGGUGACAAGGGCAAACCUGCAGAUAAGGCAGCAGCAGACAAAGGCAAAGAAAAGGACAAAGCACCACCAAAGGGAAAGAAGUAACUCGAAGAUGACUCCGGUUGUCAGAAAUGACAGUGUAUUUUAUAGUAAAAGUUUCACUGUC